UCAGCCAACACAGCAGACGACGUGGUAUUCCCGGUGUGAUCAGUGUUUAAAAAGUCUCCGUUUGUGAGGUUGUUAUUAUCAAAAAAAUAAUGAAAUAAUACGAUGAUUUUGAGCCAGAUCUGUGAAUAGAAAGAAAACAUGGAUCACUUAAUUAUCUUGGUUUCUAUGGUACAUUUAUUGUACUGUCCAUUCACAAAAGUGGAGGAAAGUUUCAACCUGCAGGCUAUGCACGACAUCUUAUACCAUGGUUUUAACCUGACCGAGUAUGAUCAUCAUGAAUUUCCUGGAGUUGUGCCACGAUCAUUCGUGGGACCAAUUAUAAUAUCAGGCUUGGCAUCACCGCUAAUAGCAACCAUUAAUUAUUUGCAACUUAAUAAAUUCUUUGCUCAAUAUGUUGUAAGAGCAGUAUUGGGUUUAUUGGUAAUAAGUAUGUUGAAACUCUAUAGAGAUGCUUUACAAAGUAUAUUUGGUUUACAAUUUACAAAAUGGUUUGUUGCAAUUACUGUGACACAAUAUCACUUUAUGUAUUACUUAAGUCGUCCAUUACCAAAUAUAAUGGCAAUGCCACUAGUACUACUGGCUUUAUUUGGGUGGUUAAAACAAAAUCACAUCAUAUUUAUUUGGUCAUCUGCAGCAGCAAUAAUAAUAUUCAGAGCAGAACUAGCUAUGCUACUGGGAUUAUUCCUUUUGUACGAUAUAGCCAACAUGAAACUGACCAUACCAAGACUACUUAAAAUUGCGGUUCCAGCUGGUAUAUUUUUUCUAACACUAACGGUUGCAGUAGAUUCCAUAUUUUGGAGACGUAUAUUAUGGCCUGAAGGAGAAGUGUUUUACUUCAAUACCAUUCUUAAUAAAAGUAGUCAAUGGGGUACAUCGCCAUUUUUAUGGUAUUUUUACUCUGCACUUCCACGAGGGUUGGCUUUCUCAUAUUUUUUAAUACCCUUGGGUAUGCUUUGGGAUGCCCGAGUUCGAACAUUAACAGUUCCUGCUGUUCUAUUCGUUAUAUUAUUCUCAUUUCUACCACAUAAAGAAUUGAGGUUUAUCAUAUAUGUAUUUCCACUGCUCAAUAUUAGCGCAGCAGCUGUUUGUCACAGAAUAUGGGAGAACAGAGCAAAAAAUUCAUGGAAUGGAUUUAUGGCAUUAGUUAUUUCAGGCCAUUUAGUUUUAAAUGCUUUAUUCUCUAUGUUUCUUUUAUGCGUUGCUGGUUCUAACUAUCCUGGUGGUUUAGCUAUUGCUAAAUUACACCGGCUUGAAAGAGAUUCUAUCAAUCCAGUUCAUGUACACAUUGAUGUUCUCACUGCUCAGACGGGGGUUUCAAAAUUUACACAAACAAAUGAUUCUUGGAUUUAUUCGAAACAAGAAAAUUUAACCAUCGAUAAUCCUGAAAUGCUUCAAUUUACACAUAUUUUAAUAGAAGCGAAAAGUAAAUAUUCUCCAAAUAUAAAACCUUAUCUUAAAACUCAUGAUAUUCUGGAUUCUGUGGAUGGUUUCUCGCAUAUUGCACUUAAUUAUAACAUGUUACCACCUAUAAGAAUUAAAACUAAGCCUAUUAUAUUUAUUAUGAGAAGGAAACCAAACAUAAAAUAUGAUUCAAAAAAAGCUAAAGUACACAUUAAUGUAAAGCAGAUAACUGACAAUGAUGUUCAAAAACAAGUGCAAAUUAAAGACAUAAUAAAUGAAACUGCAAAAAGUAUGGAACCAAUAUUAGGGGAGAUUAUGGAAUCAUUAGAAGAAUUUGAAAAACCAUUAAAUAUUAACAUUGAAUAUGAUUUAGAUGCGAAACAACAAGAAACACUGACAUUAAUAAAUAUGACUCAAAAUAAUUCUAAUGAACGUAUUGAAUCACUAAAUGUGGUACCAGAGAAUGUAAACUUAUCUGAAAAUAAAUUAUUAUACUCAGAAACUUCGAUUCAAAAAGAAAAAGUACCAAAUAUAUCAAAAGUAGAAAACAGUCUUAGUACUGAAAGUAAUACAAAUGUGCAACAUAUUAUAGAAAAUAUUUCCAUUAUUAACGAAAAACAGUUAAGCGCAAAGAGUGAAGAACCUAGAAAAGAAACGGUUAAAGAAAAACUUAAAACUUCUAGUGUUCAGGAGAGUAACACUUUAAAACAAACUGUUCGAAAACUAAUUCAAGAAAAACUAGAGGCAGUUAAACUGAAAAAAGAUGUGGAUGACCAAAGAAAAAUAUUGGAAGCUCCAGAAAAAAGUACUGUAGAAAUGAAGAAAAUAGUUCCAGCAAAAAUAGAAUUACAACAAAAAAUGAAAAUUAUUACAAAAGAAGAAUCAAAAGAAAUACCUACAGCUGUUCAAAAAAUAACUAAGGAGCACCGUGUAAUUAAUGUUAAGGAAAGCAUUAGGAAUAUAAUAAGUCAAUUCAAAGAAUUUGAAAAAGACUUUGUACAUGAAGAUUUAGAAACUGUCAAGAAAGGAAUAGUUCCCACUGAGCAAUUUAAUGAAUUAACUACAAUUCCAUCUCAAGAUCCUACAAAUGUUUCAGAUACAGUAAAAGAUGAAGAUAUUAAAUCCAUGAAAGAUGCCAAAGAAAGUUUAAGGGAUAUAAUAAAUCAAUUUAAACAAAUAAAAAAGGAAUUGAUUUCUGAAGAAGACAAUGAGUUCGAUGAAAUUGAAGCUACUUAUAUGGAUAGACCUAUUUCAGAGACAUUAAUGAAAUUUAGUGAAUCCUUGAAAAACCUAAUACAUCGAAGAAAAAAGGAGAAACUAUUUAUUGCCAGUGAUUCAGAUAAUAAAAAAGAUGUGCCGAAAUCACAAUCUCUGCCAAAAGUAGCAGUAAAAGAUUCUCAGAUUAUAACAGAAUCCGUCAGGAACAUUCAAAUUAUAGAAAAAUUAGAAAACGUUGACGAAAAUAUUAAGGCAAAGGAUAGCUCAAGUGUAGGCACAACUAAACUUUUUGAAGAAAAAUCUUUUACAAUGUAUACGAACAAUGAAAACGUCCCUUUAGAUAGUCAGAAAUCUGUCGAUAAUGUGUCCAAUAAUAUAAACAAGAAAUAUGCUUCCAAAGAAGAGGAUGACGAAGUAACGCAAAAUGAAGUUGAAAAUAACACGAAUAAUUGAGUGUUAAAAAUACAUGACUGUUUUUAUGCUUUUUGAUGAGGCAAUUGUGUAGUUAUAGUAAUAUGUAAAUACGUUAUUCUGUGAUAACGAAACUAUUAUAUUUCGUAAUUGAUGCUCAUGCAUUACCAACGCGGAAAAACAAGAUUAGUUUCCUUGUUUAAUUGCUCGAAAUGUCAAUGAAUAUUAAAACAAAAUACAAAAGCAUUUGUCCAAUGUAUAGUACUGAAAAAGUGCCACAAGUAACUCUGUAUGUAUGUUGUUAUAUAAUAUUAAUUUAUAAACAAUUAUUUCACGUAUUCCAAAGCUAUCUUAAUUGUUUUUAUACAUUUAAAUAUCGAAAUAUUUAACUAUAUAUUGUUUGAUAUAAAAGUAACAUUUAUCAAUGCAUGUCUACAUGAAGCUAUGCAAUCUUAAUAUUCACCCUUGACUGCUUCAAAUUUCAUAAGAUAUUAUUUAGUAAUAGUUUUAUUGUUUCCUCUUCAAUUCUUUGCAUUUAAAUUCUGCUUUUCAUGUUUUUCAUAUUUCAUAACUUAUUUUAUUUUCGUUUUUUUAAUAAUACAGCCUAUAUUGCUUAAGAUUGUUCCAUCAUUUCAAUUUUCAUUACAAAAAGAAAUAUAUUCUAUCACAAAAAGGAAGUACAUUGAAUUCCAUAUUGGUAUUUGCAGAGCAUUCAAGUGCCUUGAAAUUUCUUCCAAGUUCUAUGUACAUACAUAUUGAAAACAUAUUCAAAGAAUAUAUAUAUGUAAUAUAUUGUGUAGUAAUAUUUUGCGAUAAGAUAUUUAAUGCCAGAAGAUAAAUGUUAAUUCUUAUAUUAUUGCUGAUAUAGAUAAUCAAAAGUGCCAAAUUUCAAUUAAGAAUUUUAUUAAAAUAUGUACAGUUUUUUAUAGUUUAAAUUUUUUCUGAUUGUGAUGUAUUUUCUAUUAUGUCACGAACGAAACGAACUAUGACUUAAUUAAUUUGCAUACUUCUUUAAAUGUUUCAAAUGUAUCAUAUGCAGUUAAUAUUACAUUUAUCUAAUAUAAGACUUCAUCAUGAAAACCACAUUUUAAGUACACUGGACAUCCACCUUCACAGUGUUCAUAUAAAUAAAAAUAAUUAUAUUCAAACUACAUAGUGAAUGUCAUUCAAUUUUAAGUUAAUUAUACAUUAAAGCUUUGUAUACCUGCAUCUUUGCUUGUCUUAAUUUAAAAUUCUGAUAUGCUUCAUCUGAAAUGGAAUUUGCAUAUCUUAUGUACAAUGUUUGUCGUAAUAAAACAGUGUUCUCAUAAAAAUGCCUUCUCUGAUGGAUCUAUUAAUUUUAUAAAGCCGAAUAAGUUUUACUUAUAUUUGUACUUAAGUACAAAUUAAAA